AUCAAACCGCGCUCCGAGGGAAGUGUGGGCCUAUGCUCGGCAUAGGCGUUGGUUUGAGAACACAUUGCCAAACCUUGGGGACCAGAAUUUCCGACAGUCUUUUCGUGUGUCGCCAACCACGUUCAAAUAUUUAAUCGACGUUUGCCGGCCCACGAUGGAACGUCAGACGACGAACAUGCGCGCAGCCGUUCCACUGGACAAGAGGGUCGCCGUAGGCCUGUAUAAGCUCUGUUCGUCUGCCGAGGACAGAACAAUCGCUCACUUGUUCGAUAUUGGCAGGUCGACGGUGAACAUAAUUUAUCGUGAAUUCUGCGAAACUGUAGUGGCAACGCUGGAAGCAGAGUGGGUGAGGAUGCUCAAUGAAAACGACAUGCAGGAACACAUCGAGCAUUUCCAUGCUUCUACCGGGUUCCCUCAAGGUGUGGGCGCUCUGGACGGUUGCCACUUUCCAGUUUCUCCGCCAAAGGAACACGCCAGCGACUACUAUAAUUACAAAGGCUGGCACAGCGUGAUACUGCUUGCACUGGUGGACCACCACUACAUGUUCCGGUACAUAAACGUCGGAUCACCGGGAAGAUGCCACGAUGCGCAUGUGUACCACCAGUCAAGCCUGUCUCGCGUUGUUGCAGGGCCCACAUUUAGACAGCCAACCAGCCUGAUAAGCGGUGUUGCUGUGCCCCCCCUGAUACUUUGUGAUCAGGCAUUUCCCCUCACGCCAAACCUUAUAAAACCAUUUGCGAGCACAAGCAGUUCUAAAGAGCAAAAGCUUUUCAACUAUGAGCUUUCUAAAUCUCGCAGAAUAGUAGAAAAUGCAUUUGGACGGCUUAAAGCUCGUUUCAGGUUUGUAAUGAAGAGAAUGGAAUGUGACAUCAGCAAUGUGCCAAUUAUAAUAAGGGCAUGCUGUGUACUGCAUAAUAUUUGCGAACACUUUGGUGAUUCUGUGUCGCAGCAGUGGAUCAGUGAGGCACAGCAGUACAACACAAUUUUUCAGCAGCCAACACACACUACGGAUGCACUCAUUUCAACUGGAAAAAACAUUCGAGCUGCAGUUGCCAUGCACUUUCACCAACAGAUGGCCCAAUAGCCAAGCCACAAAGUUGAAAAGUGCAAUUGGUAGACCUUUAUUUAUUAAAAUAUUGGGACAGCAGGUCCACCAGCUUUUCUUGAGCAUUCACUUGUCUUUCCUUCAAGGCUUGAUCAGCUUUUGUAGCUUGCUCUAGCGUAGCUAUAAGUUUGUUCUGCUGUGCCAGCAAGCUGUUUCUGAAGCUUUCUGAGGAACUCUCCCUCUUCCUUUUUUGUGGGCGGCGCUGUUGCUUAUGUCUGUUCUCUUUGGUAUCACUUGAGUGGUCUUCUAAGUCGACUACUUCCUCCGCAGAAGUACUCUCACUCGACUCCAUGCUGGAA